UCGAAAUGUCAUUAUUUUGCUGAGGUCCUACGCGUUGACAUCUGUCUGAAUAUUUCUUGUGAACCUCGCAGAGAAGAAGCGUUUCCGAAAUGGCGUCCCUGGUACAAAAGUUCCCGUUGAUGGUGAUUCUCUUGAUCGGCUUUAUUUGGCUUUCUGAAGGCGAGGCCUGCACGAAAUGUCCCCAGUAUUGGAUGGAGAUCGGUGAAUAUUGCUACCAAUACUUCGGCAAUCAAAUGAAGUUUCACGACGCUGAGGGCGUUUGUAAUCGACUGGGAGGUUUCCUGCCCAGCAUCCGAAACGAGGAGGAAGGUAACACCAUCUACCAGCUAUGGAAGGGUCUCGUUAAUCAUCCCACUCAAAAGGACUCCGCAUACUGGAUCGGUCUGCGUGAUACCCAUCAGGAAUCUAAGUUUGAAUGGACAGAUGGCACCCCUCUAGAAUACUAUAACUGGAUCCCAGGACAGCCCGAUAACUCGAAUGGGGAGGACUGUGUUUGUGUCCGCAAUGAUGGCAACAACGAUGACGAACGACAGCGCUGGAAUGAUAUGCGAUGCGAUUGGGGUCAAGCCUUCUUCUGCCGCAAGCCCCUCAACUGAACGUCAGAGAUCCAAUGUCGAUUAUAAUGACGAUGAGGGGGGGGGGGGGGUGGUUAUCAGAAGGACUCCAUUUUAUUUUAAUUUCCCUUUGUGAUCUUUGUAAUCUAUUUCAGUUUGAUGAAACUGUUUAGAGCUUUAUUUUUGGAAAAAUUACUUGAAAUACUUUUCAAAUGAACUUCCAGGAAUUUAAUUUGGAUUUUCUCAUUUUUGUAAAAUGAUAAUGCAUUUGAGGGCUCUCCCGUAUUUUCGUUUACUUUUUAGGGGAAGUUUGAAUGGACAAAUGAGUACAUAAACGAAUUAAAUGUGUAAUGCAAUUUUGAAAGAACUGUUUGUUGUACUUUGGAAAGAAUUUUUGGAUAUAAAGGCAGAUGGCCUGACGACGUAAAAACCUUUCAGGGGCGGAUCUAGCUU